UAUUUGUCAAGAAUAAAAGUUUGAUAUAUGGAAUAUGGGCUAAUUAAUAAUUAUUAAUCGUACAAUUCGAAUUCAACGGCAGUGGUAGCGGAAUCGUGGUAUCCACCUAUUUUGCGUUUGGAAAUCCGAAGUGUUUAUAAAAUGAUUCACAGUUAAAGGUGAUUUAAAUCGCAUUUUCGAUGUUUUGAACUCCUCAAAACAAUGACGUCCAGAGAAAAAGAAUUUGGAUUCGGUAUUUUUACCUGCAAUGACUUGCUCAGGGAAUUGUCGAAUGGCAAGCAGCAACGAACAGUCCUUCUAGGGCAAGUAGUUAUAAUUGAUAAUAGAAUCGGAGAGAAAGUCUUAGCCAUAAGGUUUCUGAAAGGAGUAGAUACAUGGGAUACAAUUGCAUACUAUUGUACAGAAGACAACGUAGUCGGUAUUAGCGAGAAAUUGUGCCCUUUUAUUGCAUCGAUAACAUCUCCACAGGAACGAGUAAAGCUUGCUAAGAACAGGGAACUCUGCGAGAAAUUGAAGCAUUUGGGAAAAGACAUGACUGUGGGUUUUACAGAUACUAAUGAUGUUUAUCUUGGCAAGAUUAAGUACAUUGGCAUGGUAAAAGGAAUUGGAUAUUGUUAUGGAAUUGAAUUACAUGAAAAGCGGAAAGAAAACGCCUGUAAUGGCUACUGCGCCGGAAUACAGUACUUCAAAUGCGAGCCCGGCUACGGGGUGUUCACGACCAUCGAAAGGGUCGUACCGAUGAAUUACUCGGCAUACGCGCGGAACGGUUCGUCCCCGAAGCAACCCGCCCCCACCGAUUUGGAUAUUUUCUUCGAAAGAAACCUGCACAGCAUCAUGAAUAACAUGCGCGACGAGAAGCCGAAAAACGAGGAAAUCGUUACGAAAUACGGCGAGUAUUCGACCAAGAAGUUUACCACGAAUUCGAACAAAAAUUCCAGUUCGACGUUCCUGAGGAACUCUCUGUCUUUGCAAAAUAUGUUGGACAUCAACAAUGGCACUGUCAAUACAAACAACGACUUCGAUCAAAAUACGGUUAUCCAACCGGAAAAGACGGUUCUAAUGAAGAAAACUAGGAACAACGCGGAAACGGAUCUCAUCGACGUUAUAGGAGGGAAAUGGUCGGGAACGACGGAAAAGAAACACUUGGACGAAUUUUCCAAAUCGAUGAAGAAGCUCGAUAAAAACGAUAAUAUUAAAGAAACUAAAGAGAAACCGGCAAUUAUCGAAAACAACACUUUAACCAGAAGAAACAAGAGCGUCAAUCCCAUUCUACACUUACUCGAAGGUAGCGGUACUCUAAAGAAAAACUCCAAAUUUUACACCAACAAUAUUUCCGAAGGAAAAGAAGCUCAUAAAACAGGCACUCUAAAAACCAAAAAAAUCAAUGAAAAAAGCGAUCACGCCAAACCAUCGGCCACGUUCUACGUGAACGAAGCGCCCUCGUACCACGAGGUCCAGCCCGGUACCACCAACGAUUUGGUGAUCGGUUCUUUGGUCGAAGUGUUGAACGAUGUCAGCGAGGAGCCCAUGUACGGUGUCGUCAGAUGGAUGGGAGUGGAGAACGGCACGAAUUUCGUCCUGGUCGGCGUCGAAUUGGAGGAAGAACAAUCUCAUUUGCCUUUGAAUUUGACGGACGGCACGCACAAGGGCGAAAGGCUGUUCAAGUGCGCCGAAAAUAGGGCGGUCUUCGUGCCCAUCGACCAGUGCCAUAAGGAUUCCAGGUUUCAAGACGCUUUGCCCGCCAAAGUGCAAGAAGAGGCUUCCGCCGUCGAACGUAAUAUAGACUGUCCUGUGAUACCGGGUGCUGUAGCUCCGUUAUGUAUGCCCACGGAAGAGGAUGUAGAAGCGGUUUGUGGCAAAUACCGAGGAAUACAAGGUCACCAUAACUCCUGCUAUUUGGACGUGACGUUAUUUUCCAUGUUCACUUAUACUUCCGUAUUCGAUAGCAUUCUAUUUAGGCCUAAGGACUUUAACGACAUCGACGAUUACCAAGAGGUACAAAGGGUAUUGAGAGAGGAGAUUGUAAACCCGCUCAGGAAAAAUCUCUUCGUCAGCGCCGACCACGUGAUGAAAUUGCGUCGGCUCAUGGAUAAAUUAAGCAACGUUUCGGGGCUGACGAGCGAAGAGAAAGAUCCCGAGGAAUUUUUGAACUCGCUGUUGGCGCAAAUCCUGCGAGCCGAUCCCAUGCUGAAGUUGAACUCCGGCCAGGAGACGUUUCACUACCAGCUGUUCGUGGAGAAGAACGCCGAUCUCACGUUGCCCACCGUGCAGUAUUUGUUCGAACAGAGCUUCCUAACUAGCAACAUCAAGCUGAAGGAGGUGCCCUCGUGUCUCAUCAUACAGAUGCCCAGGUUCGGCAAGAAUUACAAAAUGUACCCGAGGAUAUUGCCGUCUCAGUUGCUGGACGUUACGGACGUAAUAGAGGGAUCUCCCAGACAAUGCAUAGUUUGCGGUAAACUGGCGAAGUACGAAUGUAGAGAAUGCUUCGACGACGGUACUAACGCAGGAUUAGAGAACACGGCUUUCUGUUGUGAAUGCCUCAAAACGGCUCACCGGCACGAGAAGAGGAAACACCACCAAAACUACGGCAAAUUGAACACGGUAAACGAAUAUUCGACGAUGCAGGAUGUGUACAGACCGCCCCGAUUGUUCAUGGAAUUAUUCGCCGUGAUUUGUAUAGAAACGUCGCAUUACGUGGCGUUCGUGAAGUGCGGCGUGGGACACGAAGCGCCCUGGUGCUUUUUCGAUUCAAUGGCUGAUAGAUUAGGUGAACGGAACGGCUUCAACAUACCGGAAAUGGUCGCCUGUCCGGACGUAUCCAGCUGGUUGUCGGACGAGACGAUAUGCAGGCAGCUACACGAGGAAUUCCCCUGCGAUAAAAAUUUGCCGGAGCACGCCCGGCGGUUGCUGUGCGACGCUUACAUUUGCAUGUACCAAAGUUCCGAUGUGAUGAUGUACAGAUAAAAAGUCUAGAUAGUCGAAUUUUUGACUUCCAAAUGUUGCCGUUUUCGUUUAAGUUUGUAAUUAUUGUUGCUGACCGCAAAUGAUCAAUUUGUUGGAUGAAUUAUUAGUUUCAAACUGUGUGAGUUCAAAAUGUAUAUGGUGUUGUUUAAAGAUUAAAUCACAUGACUAUUCAUCACUACCACUGUUCAUCACACCUACUUAAAAAAAUAUGUUAAACGAAACAAGACUUUAAAUUAAGUUAUAUAUUUAAAAAAGAAAUAAUGUUUAAGAAAUGUUUAAGAAAGAAUAAAAUAAAAACGAAUAAAAACUAAUUUCUACCAUGGGAACACGACCAUGAGAUAAUUUUGUCCCCAAGUCUUGUUUUACUUUGCAUAUUUUUUUAAAAUAGGUGUAAUGAAUAGUGGUAGUGAUGAAUCGUCGCCGUGAUGAAUAGUCAUGUGAUGGAAAGUCGGGAUACGUUGUUUAAAACUCAUUUCAAAAGCCUGAUUAUACCGUAAUGAUUGAUGUUUACUUAAAUACUUAUCUACUUUUUAGUCAAUUCACUGUAACAACAUUACAGAAAGCGGUUUUUUAUCAAUAUAACAAGGUAAUUAAAUUUGCUUCAUACAAGACCUACAAUAAUCAAAUAACAAAUAUAACAAUUACAAACCAAACUUUAAUAAUUAGUUUUUUUUGUUCGAAUUAUUCCUGGUUUUUUUUCUUUUAUAUGCUAUAAAAAAUGUUGGUUGAAAGUGAAAUAAAGAAUUCACUAAUUUAUUCAUUCUAAUUCUAAACUAAUUAACAAAUACAUUAUUAUUACUGCGCAUGUUUUAUGAUUUUGAAUUGUAAUGUAUGCAUGUUAUUAGUAUUUUCUUAAAGCAAACAACUGUGAUUUGUUAAUAUUUAUUUAAUUUAAUUUGUUUUCAAGUUCUUUAUCGCGUGGCCCAAAUUUUAGUUUCCUAAUGAAAAUAGUGAAUUAUUGGAAAAAGCAUUGAACAUUAAUUUACUAUUUUAAUUAAGUAUGUUUGAAGUAAAAACUUAUAAGGAAAUUAAAACUAACGUCACUUUAAAAGUUUUGAAUGCAUCUUUGUUAAUGAUUUUGAAACACUCCUAGAGCUUAGAAUCGUAGAAAUGUUAAGGAUAAAAUAAUGUUUAUUCGUAUUUUGAUUUUUUUUCCUCUCAAAAUAUAAAACUAUUUGAAAGCGUUUUAUUACUGUUGAUAUUAAAUCAGUAUUUUAAUUGUUACUAAUUGUAAUAGGAUUAUUUCUUCCUAUUAUGUUUAAAAAGUUUUUAUCAUGUUGUAUAUAGUUAGUUACUACAGUAUAAAAUAAAGUUUAU